AUGUCAGCCAUUGACACUUCCCAGACAUGGGAGAAUAUAUUUUCCACUCAACGAGUGUCGGAAAUUCAACAUUUGAGUCGGCAACUGAGAGCUGAUGCCGAAGCUAAGAAGCAGAGUCUGCGUGACCUGGUCGGAGGGAGAUAUCGUGAUUUGCUUCAAACCGCCGAUACCAUUAUGGCAAUGAAUGAGCUUGUGAGCGUUGAAAAUACUACCUUGAGUCAAUUGUAUGAUAUUAAUCAUUAUUCAAGAUGGAACAAAGAUGAUGUUAAUGUAGUCCGGUUUUUGGGACCUCUGGAUGCUUCAGACCGACGUGAUAGGCUAGUCAAGACCUCCAGUAGAAGACUAUAUAAUGGGCUGAUUCAAUUAAUAAAACGCCAAUUACGUGGUUUUCGAGGAGACUCCACAAGAAAUAUUCUUCUAAUAUCCAGGAGCAUAUUUCUCGCUCGUUUAGUGAGUCAAGAGUUAUGCGGCCUUGGCGAAGAAUGCUCUACGGAUAAUGUUAAUAGUCAGGAGUUGAAAAUUUUGAGCACAAAGUGUCUAGAAAUGAUUGAAAAUGAGCUAUUGGGCACUGCUGGUGGCGUUUCAUUUCCUGCUAAUAUAGAACCAAGAUCGGGAACAGUUUCUCCAGACUUAUUUGUGGCAUUCAUGAUAGCAUCAGAAUUACCUCCUGAUGAGCUUUUAAAAGGUUUCUUGGAGUCCCGUGAAGAGCUUGUCUCACAAUUACUGGAUGAAAACGACAGUAGUUGCCUUUUCAAGUCGUUGUUUCUCAUUAGCUCGACCCUGUCAGUCAGUAAUCACAUUUUUGCGCAGAAUCAGCUUCAUAGGCUAGCUGCGCAGCAAGCAAGCGUUUAUACUAUUUUGGAUUCUCCUGAGUUUGAAGAUGAAGCGACGAGAAUUAGUGAAGAGCUUGGAUUUGAAAAGGUCAGGAGUUGGCUACCAAAGUCUAUUAGGGAGUCUCCUUGUUUGCCCAAGAAGUGCAUUGCUGGAAUUCAAGGCAAUGGUAGAGCCAACGAUGAAUCCCGCCAAGCAUUCAAAAAGAUUCAGACCAAAUUUAUAUUUGACGUUGUUGAUAUCCUUUCCACGAAGCUGGGCGAUAUAAUGGCGCGAAUCACUGAUCUCGGAGUCCUGGUAAAAAUAUACAGCGAAAUACUUGAGUUGCUUCUUCGUGACAGUAGCAUUUUUCUUAGCGAGUGGAUUGAUUGCACCGGGGGGAAAGGGGAAUCGAUUGUGGAUUGGUUUAAUGGCAAGUUUCAAAAGGAAUGGGCGAGCAGAUUUGUAGCCAUCCUGAGCGAGCAGGUCGUGGGGUCAGGAAAGUCCGUCAAACAAACUGCUCACAACACAUAUAACAGCAUAUUGGGUAACCAAUUACAAUCAGAAUUCAGUAGUGACAAUUCAAAAGACGACCUUUUGAUCAGCUCAAUUACUGGACUUCCACUUGAAGAACGGUUGCUAAACGAUAUAUUCAAACACUUGAAUGAUUUUAGCAAAGGAUAUUAUGGCGAUAUUGGGCUAUUUUCUCGAGAUUGCGUUGAGUGGAGUGAAACUUUCGAUAAACUUGGAGUCCAAGUGGACGAGUUCUCAAGAUUAAAAGUUCACUUUUCGUCUUCAUCUUUAGCUAUAUACGACCACGACGAAAUCAGCAGCGCUUGGAGAAGCCAAGGAGAAGAUAACAUCAUCCAGUGUGUGAGUAAAUUUAAGAGCAUUAUUUUGAGCGAUACAGUGAAAGCAUAUAAUUCAAUUGUGGACUACCUUGAGCAGUUAUCUAGUUCUGAGAAAACCAACUGUAGAAGCUUGAGUUUUGUCAUCAAAUGCAUUUCUGUUUUGUAUGAAACGAUAGGUGUCAAGGCCUGUGAAACCAAGGGGGAAGGUCAACAGACUCAACACGACGUGGAACCAAUCCUUAUUAAGACUUAUGAACGUCUUUCAAAGGAGCUUGUUGACAUGCUGCUAAUAAGAGACAACCUCGGCUAUGGAAGGCUGGAUGAAGCUUUCGACGUUUGGGAGGAUGCUGAUGGUGUGUUGAUUCCGAAAUCUCCGUCAACGAUGUUGCUUUCUUCUCUAUCGAGAAUAGCUAUAUCUGUUGGAGAGACGGUCGGUAAUGAUGGUAUUGUGUGGAAACAUGAGAUCGGCUCAGGAUUAAUCCGGAAAGCUGUCUAUGAAGCUCUUGCAAAUGAGGUAGAGAGAAUUGAGCUCACGUAUAAAGAUGCUUUAAAGAUUGAACCAUCCGGGAGCGGGAGCGGGAGCGGGGGCGUAGAGGAAAAAGCCGAAAGUGAAUCCAUAGAUGACAACAAUAGGAAAGACCGCGAGGACGUGGGUGUCCAUAAAGAAAAUACAGACGAAAAGCAUGAGGUAGAGAGUCACAGUCAGGACAGUGUGGUUAAAAGUAGUGAUGAACUCAAAGAAACUAUAAACGGUAGUGGUUCAUCAUCAUCUGCGACGAUUACUUCAGCUCAAGCCCUGGUCCAGUUGUACGCGGAUCAUACGUUUAUCGAGCUUCUUUUCGGAACCAGUCACAGGAGCUCCAUACAAUCACCAGAGUUACCGUUGUCAGGUGUAUCCGCAGCAGAUAUUGACUCUGCAAUGAAAGAUAUGGUUAGCCGAACAGCGCUAAUGUUUAGUCCCUUGAUAUAG